AUGUUUAACUCACAUAAUUUGGAGAAGUUACUCAGCAGGGUGCCAGUGAAAGUACCAGUAAAUGUUGGGUAUGUUGAUUGGAGGAACGAGACGGUUUUCUGUAGACUGUCAGACGAUGAAUCAGACUACAAGAGCCUAUUGUCGCGAAUGAAUCAUUUUUAUUCUAACGGGGCACUCCGAAAGCGUGUUUUGCAGGCGAUAAAGGGGGAUUUAUACGCUGCACAAAUUAAAACGAAUUGGUACCGAGUUGAGCUGAAGUCGCUGAGUCGUGAGCAGAGGGAAUGUUCAGUAUGCUUGAUUGAUGCAGGAGGUAUCAUGGUACUCCCACUAAUAAACUCACUGUUUGUCCUAGACGACAGGUUCAUUAACGAACCAUUUGACAGAAGUUUCAGUAUCCAGUUAACAACGCCAGUGGACUUAUGCGGGUCUUUAAAAGGAGCAGGAUUUAUUGGCUGCAGUGAAGUACGUGAAGGCAGCACGUUGGAUGCAUUUCUGUUGUCAGAGAAGGAACCUUUGGUUGCAUUAUUCAAAAAAGAGAACAGCAAUAGAAGAACUCCGAACUUGGAAGUCUCACCACGUCGGCCCGCAUACAUCACCAGAAUUCAAAAGCAGCAGGAUAACUUUAGUAAUUCUCUUCCUCUUGGAGUUUUAAAGAGUGUGUUUUUACGUAAUACAGAAAAGAAGUGUUCUUCUCCGCGAACAAAUGAUGUAGCUUGCCCUUUGUUGGAUUUAAGUCCCAUUAAGAACGUUUCAUCCUGUAGUCGGCUGGUGCCAAGCAGUGGCAGUCAGCGUAAUGUCGGUGACCCUGCUAAUGAUUAUGGGUCUGCCGUUUCAGUAAGUCCGUUAUCGUUUUCAAAUACUGACACGUUAUCGGAUCUCGACUCCACUUUACCACAAUUUAGCGUAAGCGAUAUAGCUUUUAACCGUUUAGAUGCUAACGUGCUAAAUGCGAAUGAUGCGUGCCAGAUAUAUAUAGAAACAGAAGAAACUAAACGUGAAACGCAGAAACUAAAACAGUUGCUACAGUCCAUCGACCCGAUUGAAACUGCUCGUGCUAUAGACUCUGAAGCGUACUGUCCACGAGUGAGCUGUUUCCAUGCGUGUGACUUAGAUGAGCUGGACCUUGAGGAUUUAUGGUCUGUACAUUGCUCAGGUCCGACGGUUGUUCUAGCCCAUGGCCCAGCUGUCUCUGGUGGUGGUGACUUGCAGACGAGCAACCUUAGAAGAGCACGCAAGAAAGUCUCUUUGGAAUGGAUUUCUCCAUCUUGGUUGUUGCCUGGAGAUGUCGUUUUGUACUGGCCAUUUAGUAAUUGCCCUCAAAGAGUUAGGGUUGUGGAUAAAGAAAAUGACGAGUUGACGGUUGUGUGCAUCGAUACCGGGGAAGAAUCAUUUCUUGAACCUAAGAAGUCUAAGUUUUUCCGCUUACCUCUUCAGUUGUCUACAGUUCAUUUUAAACCUACAUGCAUUGGGCCGCUUAGAUUAGCUGGGGAAUGGUCGCGAAACUGGGUGACGGUCCGGUCUUCGUUGAAGCUGCGAGAACUCUGCAAAAAAGUUACUGCCGUUUCUUUCGACGGUGAUGAUCUGGCGAGAUGGGUUACCCUAUUUGACGGAGAAGGUCGCAAUAUCAAUAAAAUGUUUAUUGAUUUGAUCAAAGAAUCUCCUAAUUCGCGAAAUAAAAAAUGA